AUGGCCGGCGGGGAGCAGCGGGCGCCCGGCGGCCCCGAGCGGGUGGCGCUGAAGAAGGAGAUCGGGCUGGUGAGCGCCUGUGCCAUCAUCAUCGGUAACAUCAUAGGCUCUGGGAUCUUUAUUUCCCCGAAGGGAGUCCUGGAGCACGCGGGCUCGGUGGGCCUGGCUCUCAUCAUCUGGGUGCUCGGUGGAGGCGUGGCUGCCCUGGGCUCGCUGUGCUACGCUGAGCUGGGGGUCACCAUCCCCAAGUCGGGAGGGGAUUAUUCCUAUGUCACAGAGAUUUUUGGUGGGUUAGCUGGGUUUCUGCUACUGUGGAGCGCAGUGCUUAUCAUGUACCCAACUAGCCUGGCUGUCAUUGCACUGACCUUCUCAAACUAUGUCCUGCAGCCUGUCUUCCCUAACUGUAUUCCCCCCUACAAUGCCUCCAGGAUCCUCUCCAUGGUGUGUCUACUCCUCCUGACGUGGGUGAACAGCUCCAGCGUGCGAUGGGCGACGCGCAUCCAGGAUAUAUUUACAGCAGGAAAACUCUUAGCCCUGACCCUAAUCAUUAUCGUGGGCUUCAUACAGAUCUUUAAAGGAAACUACAAAGAGUUGACACCAAGCAAUGCAUUCAGAUUUUGGAUGACUCCAUCUGUGGGACAUUUAGCAUUAGCUUUUCUUCAGGGAUCCUUUGCAUUCAGUGGCUGGAACUUCUUGAACUAUGUCACAGAGGAGCUGGUUGAUCCCCGCAGGAACCUGCCUCGUGCCAUAUUCAUAUCCAUCCCAUUGGUGACAUUUGUGUACACGUUCACCAACAUUGCAUAUUUCACUGCCAUGUCUCCCCAAGAGCUCUUGUCCUCCAACGCUGUGGCGGUAACAUUUGGUGAAAAGUUACUGGGCUAUUUUUCCUGGGUUAUGCCAGUCUCAGUGGCCCUAUCUACAUUUGGAGGAAUAAAUGGAUACCUUUUUACCUCAUCAAGGCUGUGUUUCUCUGGUGCUCGGGAAGGCCACUUGCCAAGUUUGCUGGCCAUGAUCCACGUCAAGAACUGCACACCCAUCCCUGCCCUUCUCCUCUGUUGUCUGGCCACACUCAUCAUCAUGCUGGUUGGAGACACAUACACGCUAAUCAACUACGUGUCAUUCAUUAACUACCUCUGCUAUGGAGUGACCAUUAUAGGCCUGAUUGUUUUACGCUGGAAGAAACCCAAAAUCUUCAGACCUAUCAAGGUGAACCUCCUCAUCCCCAUCACCUACCUGGCGUUCUGGGCAUUUCUGCUGGUCUUCAGCUUGUACUCCGAGCCCAUCGUCUGUGGGGUUGGACUCAUUAUCAUUUUAACUGGAGUGCCAGUGUUUUUCCUUGGAGUCUACUGGAGAAAUAAACCAAAGUGUGUAAAUAGGCUAAUAGAGUCCCUGACGUGCUGGGGGCAGAAGCUGUGUUUUGUGGUGUACCCUCAGUGUGGAAGCGCAGAGGAGGAGGCCUCCUCAGCCCACUCCUGGCGGCUGGUGAGCGAGACAGCAGUGAGGAAAUCACAGCAGCGUGGCCUUUGA